AUGGCCUUCACCGAGUUCGUCAUCCCGACUUUGAAGACAGAUCCUGCGACGGAAGCUGUGUUCACCAACAAGAUCGGACCCUUCCUCGUCGAGAUCCUCGAUAAACAUGCCACUCCUCCCAAGCACAAAUAUUUCGGAAAGAUUCUUCUCGAGAAUGGCAAUGAUGUGUCAGGAGACUUUAGACUUGCUGUUGGACUUGAGUGGAAAGACGCUUCACAUUUCCAGUCCUUCGUCGAUUCAGAAGACUUCGAAGUUACCUUCAAGUCUCUAGUGAUACCUCACUCUAUCGCUCCACCAGUCCCUCAGCUAUACAACACGGACUCUGAACCGACCAAGGUGUUUGGAAGUACGUUGACGGAGGUGUGGCAGGUGAAGAUUGGGGAGGGUAGCGAGAAAGUAGCAGAGUCUAGGGAGGCGUGGAAGAAGUUUGUUACCGCAGUUGCGGAAGCAAGUGGCUCAAACGGAACUGAAGAGAGCAUUCAAGGGCCAAGCGUAAAUCUAGAGGAAAAGCGGUGGGUUGGUGUAUUGGGAUGGGAGAGCAUGGAGACUCGAGAGAAAGUACUUGGAAACGCAGCUGUUCAAGAAGCGAAAAGGGGUCUUGAUGGAUUGGUGUCGAAUACCUUUGUUACCGCGUUCCAAAAGUUUUAUGACAUAAGGAAAGAGAUUGUUGUCGCGGGCGAUGGCGGCCUGAAUUUCACCAGUAUCACCGACAUAUUCUUCAGAACGGCCAAGGUAAUCGCUGGGUCGGGCAAGUAUUGGAGUGGGAAGACGGUACAUAUCUGCCAGAGGAAGGCGUGGACACUGCAGGACAUUGCAAAGAUUGUCAGCAAAGUCAAGGGUCAGAAUGUUCAGGUCAAAGUUGUGAGCAGGAAGGAGUUUGAUGAUUACUACAUCGGGAGAGGGAUUGACCGCGGUCAAGUCGAGUGGUGGAGCAGCGCGUACGAUGGGAUCAAGAAUGGAGAGUGCGACAUUGAUGACCCUACGCUUGAGGAAUUUCUGAAGGAGGCUGGAAGACGCCCGGAACCGCUUGAGCCAACCAUCGAGAAGAUGUUGAGCUAA